AUGACCGAUACCGACGUGACAGUGACCUUUGACUCUGCUAAUCGCCUAAGGGUCCUCGCCGAGGAUGCGUAUAUUCACAGCGCUGACCUGCGCGAUACGUCUAUAGAGUUCUCUAAGAAAUCUUCCCGGUUCAACGAAGUCAUCGAAGCAGUAGUGGUCGAGCUUGCCGCACAGGCCGAGCGAAUCGACGAAGCUCAGAUGAGGGUGAUCGGUGCUCGGACCAUGGCUGCUAUGGAAAGGGAUGAGGGUCGGGAGAGGAAGGUGGCUUAUCUACAGACGGUCCUGGCCGAGAAGCGGAGGGAGUUAUCACGUGUGGAGGAGCUCCGUCGAAGCAUGGAGACCCUGGAGAUGGACAGAAAGGCCAUGCUUGAUCGCCUGAUGAACAAUGAAUGUUGA